CUUAUCGUUAAGCAAGCCUUUUGUUUGAUUAUUUUCCAUUUGAACUUUUGGUUGACAGGCCUAUAACAUUAUACGAUUACGUUUUCUAUCUUGAGCAAGUUGGAGAAAAGCUACAUUUUAUUGCACCGGCUUAAUUAGAAAAUUAUACGUCUUUAAAAUUUCACAAUUUAAAAAAAAAAAGAAUUUAGCUGCUUUUUUGCAAGAAAUGUCAAAGUUAUUUUAAUUAUCACCGAUUCAGCGAAGCCAUCCUUUGUCUUCAGAAUAAAGAAGAAUUUGACAGAAUAUCACUGUUGUAAACUCAUAUUCCAUGGAUAGAGAAAAUAAAGUAUUUACAAAGUUAUCUACACUAGAGAAGCUGUAUCGUGUUCCACGAGUGAUAUCAAAUACUGUUGAAAAGUUUUUUUACAAUCUAGGCUUGCAAAUUGCCAAAAAUCCUAGAAAAUGGAUGAGCGGAUGCAUAAUUGUAAUUAUUGCCUGCAUAGCUGGAUUAUUAAGAUUCAGACAAGAAAAAAAUCCUUUGAAGUUGUGGGUACCACCUGAUUCAGAUUUUGUACGAGACACAGAAUGGUUGAUGUCUACUUUCAAGGAAGGCCAACGCAUAGAAAAUUUUAUAUUUGCAGCUGAAGACAUUCUUCAGCCAGAUGCUCUAAUGAAACUAAAUGAAAUUACAUUACGUAUUUUUAAUGCUCAAACUAAUUCACAACCAAAGCUCGGAUGGACUGAUGUUUGUUUCAAAGUUCCAAUUAUUUCUGGUGUGAAUGGUAUGGGCACCAGAAGAAAAAGAGGAAUGGAUGAUGAUUUCUUUGACAAUGAGCCCACAGUGGUAAAUAAACCAGGAUAUGACGCUGUCGCACAUCUACCUCCUGAAGUAUUUUGUCCUAUUUAUAAUAGUUUGGCAAAAGGAUGUUUGUUAUUUAGUAUUAUGGAUAUUUGGGAAUUCAAUAGCACUUUGAUUAAGUCACAGACUAAAGAAGAUAUAGUUAGCAAAUUUAAUUCUGUAAAUAUUAGUCCCACCCUUGGGCAUCCACUUAACUAUAGUCAAUUACUUGGUGGCAUUACUAGAGACGAAGAGGGUCGCAUUAUUAGUGCCAAAGUCGUGAAAACACAGUGGACUGUUUACGUGAAUUUUUCUCUAAUGGACAUGAAUGAAAUGGGUAACGACGCAGGUACAGCCGACUGGUCGACGAAAGAAGUUCACGAAUGGGAAGCGGUCUAUCUUAAAGAGCUCGAGUCUGUAUCGAGUAACAUGAAAGGUUCUGAUAGCAAUUACUCUUUGUACUACGAAGCCGGUCGGAGUUUCGGUGAUAUUUCUCAAGACAGUAUAUUUCAUGAUGCCGAGAAACUUGCUGCUGGUAUCAUUCUUAUGUCGCUCUAUGUUCAGGUGGUACUUUCGCGAUUCAAUUGGGUCGAGUGGCGCUUCUGGUUAACGAGCGUGUCCUUGUUCAGCAUCGGAGGAGCAUUCGUUGUAGCCAUAGGUUUAUGCUCCUUGUUUGGCGUACCUUACGGACCGGUGCAUACAUCGUUGCCCUUCAUGUUAAUGGGUCUGGGUGUGGACGACACCUUCGUCAUGAUGGCAGCUUGGGACGAGGUGGCAUCUCGUCAGGUCAAUCUGAAGAAGCCGCUCGUCGAGAGGGUAGCUUUGACUCUGAGCCAUGCCGGUGCUGCUAUUAGUGUCACCUCUUUAACCGACGUCGUAGCCUUCGUCAUUGGAGCAUCGACUAUCCUGCCUUCUUUGAACUCGUUCUGUAUAUACGCCGCUGUGGGUGUCAUGGUGACUUAUCUUCUCCAAGUGACUUUUUUCGUGGCCUUCUUCACUCUCGACUGCCGAAGAGUCGAGCAAAAGCGUAACGGUGUCUUACCUUGCUGCGUCAGUCACCCCAAUUUCGUACCCACUCCGAUAGACGCUGAGCACAGCUUAUCUUGGCGGCUGAUCGAUAAAUUAUUCGGCAAAGUUAUACUUACUCUGCCCGGCAAAAUAAUCGUACUUGCUUUGACCGUUGGUUUCGCGACUUUCGGCGCGCUCGGCUCCAUGCAACUGGAGCAAUGGUUCGACCCAGUCUGGUUCUUACCCAAAGAAUCGUACUUGGCCGAGUACUUGGUGGUCAAGCAGCAGGAGUUUCCGAAAGUCGGUUCCGAGGCUACCGCCUUCGUCAGCGAGGUGGACUUUCGCAACGAAUUCGGCAAGAUUCUCAAUCUCAGCCGAACCCUCGAAGCGGCGAGUUUCGUCGACGACGUCAAGACGUGGCCGAUCGAUUUUGUGACAUUCUGCGAUGCCAACUUUAACGUCGACGCGGAAAACGCGACAUUGAGCGAGAGCGAUUUCCGACUGUAUCUGUCCAAAUUCCUGUUCAGCCGAUCGGGUGGCAAAUAUCAGCGUAAUUUUCACUUUGAAAAGCCACCGGUCUGCGGCCAACCGACGCCCAAGCUGAAAACAGUCAGCAUCGAUUUUACGUUCGCCCAUUUCUCGGCGCCCUACGAGUGGAUACCGGCCAUGGACAACGCCAAGGAAACUAUGGCUCAAUUGGAAUUCGACGGCUUGGCGAUCGUAUGGAGCGAGAUGUUCGCCACUUGGGUCACAGACAAAGUCAUCUCGCAGGAAGUCCUGAGAAAUCUCAUGCUCGCCCUCAUCUGCGUCAUGGGCAUGACGGCAUUUUUGAUCGCCGAACCGCAAACCGUCGGAUGGAUCCUGCUCUGCGUGCUUCUGACUCUGCUCGACGUCUGCGGUUUCAUGUACUACUGGGGUCUCACCAUAGACAUAGUCUCUUGCAUCGGUCUAGAACUGGCUGUGGGACUAAGCGUCGAUUACGCAGCUCACGUGGCGCAUGCCUUUCUCAAUGCGCACGAAGUGACGGGAGCGAAAAAUCGCCUCAGCGAACGAAGCGCCAGGGCGUUGAAAGCUGUAAGGCAUAUCGGUGCUGCUGUACUUUUUGGUGCUGGAUCCACCCUGUUGGCUUUGUCGUUACUGUCAACUUCGAAAGCUUACGUGUUCCGAGCUUUUUUCAAAAUAUUCUUAUUGGUCAUUGUCUUUGGUCUCUUUCAUGGAUUAUUACUGUUACCUGUGGUACUUAGUACCAUAGGUCCACGGAGCUUGAAGCGAAAAUUAAGAGGGGACGAAUCUCUAAAUGGUGGAGCACAGGAACUCAUUGAAGCAGCCACAGUGCCUUUGAACAAGGAAUAAGUUGAUAAAUGAAUAGCCGAAUUAUUAUUUUUAUUUCUUCAAUGAUAUUUAUUUUCGGUUUUAAUAAACAUACAAAAUCAUGA